GUUUCUAACAGACAGAGGAAGAACUCCAUAAGCUGGUCCUAUCGUAAAAGUCAAACGCAUCUCAUCACACCCACAGUUCACAGAUUCUAACAGAGAGAGGAACAACUCCUUAAGAAACUCAUUGGCUGUUCGCUGGGGCCUCGAGCGAGGAUCCUGCUAUUGAAAUAUCCUAUCUCAGCUUGGAAGAAAAUACCAUCGUAAAGUGCUAGAACAGUUCCUGUAGCCAGUAAAGCCAUGAAAAAAUCGACCACGAGGUUACUCUUCCUCUUAAUGACUGGAUGUUUCUUGAAUGGAGCGAAGGGCAUCCAGUGUAGUAAGAGUGGUACUAACGGAAUAGCGGCCUGCCAGUGCAACUUUAUUGGGGCCUGUGAUGCAAAAGGAAACCCGAAUCCCAAUUUAGCACAGUACUUGCCAACAGGUGUGGAUCAGUUCGGGCUUGUCGAGGGAGGGCAGCGAAACCUGGCGUAUUUGUGUGAAGGUGUGGGUGCAGUAGGAAUUCUGUAUGACUGCAAUAACCGAAUUCCUCUCUAUGCGGCCACCGUGAUCCAUGGGGCCCAGUUAACAGGAAAGAGCUUAGGUGGUCGGCCAUCCGUUAAAUUUUCACAAAGCAGCAUGCUCGAUUCGUCUUUUCAACAACAAGAUGGAGAUUACGUAAAUGCUUUAAAGCGAGAACUUUGCUAUACAACAAAGAAAGGGGGCAAGUACCUCGUUGAAGAGGGCUGGUUAUUAGCAAGUGGAUGCAGAAAACGUUUCCUCAACUGUCCUAGAAAGAAGGUAAUUAAAACAUCAGUACACCGCGGACACUUAAUUGCCUCACAGUAUGGCCGCAACAAUCAAGCUAAGAAAAAAGCAACUUUUACCUACACCAAUGCUGUGCCUCAGUUCGGAGUGUUUAAUUCGUACCCUUGGCAAGUCUGCGAGAAGCGACUCAUUACAUGGGGAAAUCAGAACUGUGCUCAGGUGAAAGGAGCAACGGAUGUUCGGUUAUUUGUCGUGGUUGGUGCUAUGCCAUCAACAGUAGGUGCUUCCUGUGAAUGGAGAUAUUUUGGCAGAGGGGGGUUCAGCGACUACCAAAACACUGCUCAUUACCGGGUCAACGUGCCUAGUGCUAUGUGGACUGCUGCCUGCUGUACUUACAGUGAUAAAGGGACAUUGAAAUAUCGCAGCACGGCCUUCUGGAGGGGAAACAAUCCAGGAAAGGCACAAUGUAAUCGGGCAAACGUAGGCUCCUUAACGAGUCUGUUGUCGACAAGAGUUCCUGGUGGGACCGUGAGUUUCAAUUUAUUUCCGCAAACAUCUCAGUGCAACGAUAAGAAAACUCAUAUCCCUCUGCCGUGAUAAAGACACUUGACAAAGCGAACAUAGACUAUGAAAGGUCAUCGAGAGUUUAAAGGGAGUUAAUUAAAUUUCAGCCGAGAGCUAAACACCUUAUUUUUCAGACUGGGGUCAAGUUCAUUGAGAAUGUAAAACGCCGA